GGCCCCCUAGCGACGAUGGGGUGGAACUACAUGGCAAGGUUGAGAAAAGCGAGCAAAAUGGGUGGACGGAAAGUCCCCGUGUGGAAAUCCCCUUGACUUGGAGUUUUUCCUUUUUUUAAAAACUAGCGCUAGCGAACGAGAACAGUCUUUCGAAAGGCUUCUUCGAGCUGCGAGGGCUCUGUAUUAGAUUUUAUAGUGGAGGGAAAAGAGAGGGUUGAAUGGCGCCGAGAGCCGCAGCGGUGAGGCUGAGUGAAGUGGCUGAGAGAGGACUAGCCUGAGCAUCCGGGAGGCUUUGUUAUCACCCCCCCGACAUAUUACACAGAUUUCACAUUGUCCCAUCAUCGCCAGUUGGGUGCCUCCUCUUCCUCCUCCUCCUCCUCCUCCUCCUCUCCUCCUUGUUCCUCUUCCUCCCCUCCGUCCACUCUCCCGGCCACCCGUCCGCCAUGUCGCAGGGCCAGAACUUUCUCCCCAAAUUCCUGUUUGUGUCCAACCUGCUGAAAGCAGUGAAGAUCCGUCAGCGCGUGCCCAACGACGUGGUGAAGCCGGCGGCCAGCGCCGGCCUCAUGCACCACCUGCGGGGGAUGCACCGCUACACCCUGGAGAUGAUCGCCAUGAACCACUUCCCCCAGGCCUUCAGAGAGGUGGUGCAAGCCGCCAUCCUGGACCGGGCCAUGCAGGCCUCUUUGGAGCAGGAGAAGAAGCUCAACUGGUGUCGGGAACUGAAGAAGAUGGUGCCGCUGCGCACCAACGGAGAUGGAAACUGCUUGCUGCACGCAGCUUCCCAGUACAUGCUCGGCGUCCAGGACACGGACCUGGUGCUCCGGAAAGCUCUCCACGGUGUUCUGAAAGAGACGGACACGGCUGUGUUUAAAGCUCGCUUCCAGGCGGAGCUGCUGCAGUCGCAAGAGUUCACGCAGACCGGGCUCAGAUACACCACCAUGAACUGGGAGGACGAGUGGGACAAGAUUGUAAAGAUGGCAUCUCCGGUCUCGAGUAGCAAUGGGCUCCAGUUCGACUCCCUGGAGGACAUUCACAUCUUCAUCCUCUCCAACAUCCUCCGCCGACCCAUAGUCGUCAUCGCAGACCAGGUGGUGAGGAGUAUGAAAUCUGGCUCCUCCAUCUCCCCUCUGAACGUGGGCGGGAUUUAUCUGCCUCUACACUGGCCGCCCACGGAGUGCUACAAAUACCCGAUAGUGCUUGGCUAUGACUCCCAGCACUUCGCACCCCUCAUCACCGUCAAAGACAGCGGCCCAGAGAUCCGAGCCGUUCCGCUCAUCAACCCAAAGAGGGUGGGCUUUGAGGAGCUGAAGGUUCACUUCUUGAUGGAGAAGGAGCAACCGCAGAAAGAGAGGCUGCUCAACGACUACCUGCACCUCAUAGAGAUCCCCGUCAUCGGCCUGGGCCAUGAAACCGCGUGCAUCAUGAAAGCUGCGAAGCUGGACGAGGGCAACCUUCCCGAGGACAUGAACUUGAUGGAGGACUACCUGCAGCUCGUCAACCAUGAGUAUCAGCGCUGGCAGGAGGACAAGGAGCAGGCCUGGGCCGCCCAGCCCCAGCGACCGCCACCCUUCUCCGUCUCCCAGCUCUCCCUCAUCGAGAUCCGCUGCGCCACGCCGCGGUGCACCUUCUACGUCUCUGUGGACACGCAACCUCAUUGUCACGAAUGCUUCGAGAAGCGACAGGCCACGACAGGGGGCGGGGCCAGAAUAGAGGGGGUGGUCCAAACCAAGGGCGCUGGCGUGCAGGGAGGACUGGGGAUGAUGGGAGGAGCGGAGACAGAGGUGAGCGCCAGAGGAGCCAGAAGCAGCAGUCCGCCUUGCUCUUCCUCCGGGAGGGGCGUGGUGCUGUCGAGUCCCCGCUCGGCCCCGCCCACCGCCCCCAGCCUCAGCCUGUACAGUGAAACUCACGCCAUGAAGUGCAAAACACCCGGCUGCCUCUUCACCCUCAGCGUGGAGCACGACGGGCUUUGCGAACGCUGCUUCAACGCCAGGCAGAACCACGGGCCCCCCGCGGCCGGAACUGCCGCCACAGGACUCCCGGGGCCUAACGGGGCGCCUGUCGUUUCCCACCCAGCCCAGGGGUCGGGGUGGACCCAGUGGGGGGGCUGCGACGCGGAGACGGAGCGAUGCAGCAUGUGCCGGCAGGAGGUGUUCAGGAUAUUCAACGGCCUGUGUCCGCCCUGCAUGCAGAGGCAGCAGGCACCGGAGAGGGGGGAGCCGCAGCAGGGCAACCACAGGACUGAGGCCUCGGCUUGGAGCCAGGCCAGAGACACUGAGCAGCCGUGCCUCACCCUCACCCCAGCACACACGUCGGCCUGGCAGACUCCUCUGGCCCAGCGCUGUAAAAGAUCCGGCUGCCAGUUCUUUGGGACUCCAGAGAAAUUGGGUUUCUGCACUAUUUGCUAUGUAGACUAUCAGACAAAUCACCGCUUGACUCCUCCUCCUCCUGCCCCGGUCCAGAGCAGGCGCGGUUUGGAGACAGGCUUCCAGAACGCCACACGGUGUCGGGGGUCCGGGUCCGGGUGCGGCGCGGUUGGCAAGGCCAUGCUGGAGGGCUACUGUGACAAGUGCUACGUCAAAGAGCAAAGUGCACGUCUUAAUCAAGUUGCACAUCGGACACCACACUCCCCUCCUCUGGUCAUGCGUGACCGAGCAGCUAAGCCCAGAUCCUCGCAGCAAUCCCAGACCCAGACCCAGUGCCGGCGGAGCGGCUGCAGCAACGUGUCCCCGGGCUGCACGGACCUCUGCCCCGAGUGCCACACGCGAGGCCAGGGCCGGGAGGCGGGAAGGAGGGCGCAGGCGCCCAAGGAGAAGUCCAAGCAGAGGUGUCGGACGCAGGGCUGCGACCACUAUGCCAACCAAGAGAAACAGGGCUACUGCAACGAGUGCGACCACUUCAAACAGAUCUACCGCGGCUGACCGCGGCGCAGCACACCACAGCGACGACGACACAUCGGUAGCACGCCAGAGCCACCGCCCUGCAGUGGGCUCCCCAUGCCAGUCAAUGCACCUCUGAUACUAACUAACCAACUAACUAACUAGCUAGUGACUAACUAGUAACCUUAUGGCCUGAAAAAAAUCAAUCCCCUCCCCCCCAAUGUCGAAUGUGAAGAGAGUGUGUGUACGAGGGAGGGGGGUGGUGGUGAGUGAGUGUGUGUGUGUGUUUUUGUUUUUGGUUUUUUUUUUACUUUGCAGUAGACAUGGCCUCCAGAAUACCUCUUUGUGCAAUUAUUAUCAUCUGAUUCGCCGUGUGCUCUUACACGGCCAGAGGUUUGGCUCCAUGUCCGAGCAACUGACUGAACCCUUGUGUACAGCGUGUAUUUAGAGGUACAUAGAGAACCGUGCCGGACAAAAUGAUUGUAUAUUGGCUUAACGAGAAGCAUCUGACAUUGCUUUAUAGACCACAGCCAAGGAUUUUUACCAUGUCUGUCUGUCUGUCUUAAUCCACCUGUGUAUCCGUCUGCCUGUCUGUCUAGCAUUUUGCUCUGUUGAAGUGAGAGAUGCAGUAGUUGGGAAAUCCCAGCAAACAAGUCUCUGGCAGUAGGAAGCAGAAGUGAGACGAGCUGAGCCGAUGCAACGCUCCUCCUGUCUGGAGGUCAACUUUGUUCAUCUUAGCUUCCCCUCCAAAAAAAAAAAUCUCUCGUUAGGCAUGGGCCGCUAUGAGAAUAGGACAGUAUAACUGAGCUAAAGUGCAGCAGUUUCGCACAAAAUGACACAAACAUUUAGAACAGAUCUACUUUCUGUUAUUUAAGAUGUAUAAGCAGCGAUUAUUCUUAUAGCUGAUGAAAUAUUUUGUUUACUAUGAAAUUUAAAUUGAUGCUAUCUUUAAUAGCGAUGUGACGUUUUCAAAUCUGGAUAAGUAUGAAAAGAGGAAAACUAAGAAUGGAACUAUGUUUGCAUUUCCGGACUUUCAAGCUCCCUGUCUUAUUACCUAUAAGAUCAAAAUUUAUUAACGUGUCUUUGGAAAAAUCGUUUUUAGUACUUACUUAUGAACUUAAGAUCUUUAUUUUUGUUUCGCCAUGUCCCUUUUGAAUUUGGGACGAAUGGAAUUAAUGCUGUUGCAUUUAUAACUCUUGAUAUCCAGAAACCAGCCCAAGCCUUUCUCACUAAAGAUCAAUCGCCUACAAUUCUUAAAACGAUAAUGAACGGCCAUUGCUCCGCGAGAGGAAAAGCAAAUACUCGUUUUCAAGCAAGUCCUCACAAACUACCGUCACUUGUGUAGGUUAAAUAGCGUCAAACGGAAAGUAAAAGCGAACCAUGUGUCCAAACGGUGCGAGACAGACAGGGCAGGUCCCUGCUAGUUUUGGUGCUACAUGUACAGAAACACGAGCCUUUCCCAUUGUAGCCGACAUCCUGUUGUCAUCGAUCAGAAGGCAGGGAACACAGCGAAGACAGAACUUCUUACUAUUUCUCCUUUCCUUCCUCUAGUUUUCCUCCUCCUUCAACACAGAUCUGUUGCCUUGGACAUUGUUUCCAUGUUUACUUACAAUUUAAGCACCUAGAAACAUUCACACACACGCACGCGUAUACACAUCAUGCACACGGACGUCAUAUUGCCGGUCCUGUCAGUAGGGGAUUGUUUCCAAUAAAAGAUAGAAAGUGUGAGCGUACAAAUACGCCUCGGUCUGGAUAAUUAAUCGUCUCAAACCACCGCAAACACACCUUUGCACAUGCACACACAGCUCCUGUGAGAUUGUACACCCGAGCCUGAGGUGACGUGUAGGUAAACGAAUCCCUGAAGAGUUGCAUUGCUCGCUCCGCUCCCGCUGGACGAGUCGGGACGACGGCGGUUCCCGAACUUCCAAGAGCAAUCCCGUCGCCUGCUGCGGCGAGUUUCCUUAAUCUGAAUGUGUUUUUUCCGUGCCGUUUUUCCACGACGGCGCGUUUAUCGGGGCUGAUCCUUGAUAAGUUUUGCCUUUAAGUAGUUCUGAUAUUUUAUGGACCAUAAUGGGGGUGGGUGGGACGUCGGCUCUCCCACUUUCUUAAAAUGCUUUUGUGAGCAUGGAACCUAGUCCGUAUUGUAGGACCUUCCAACCCGAUGCCUCAUUUUACAACACAAACAGAAAAAUGCACAGGUCUGUGCAUCUGGAUGAUACACUCAAGCAAAACUGACAUUUCUGUUUCCUUUUGUUGGUUUUGGAAGCUUUUAAUGGAUUUUGAUAUAUCUGUUUGUUUGUUUGUUUUUCUCUUUCUUUCUCUUUUUUGCCAAAAGACAAAAAGGUUUAAAAAGAAAAGAAAAAAAAAAUCAAAAAACAUGUGCCAUCAAAACAGUUGUUGUUACCUCCUUAAAACGGCCAGCCUGGGUUAUUCUAGACUAACUUUUGUGCCACAUAUAGACAUCUUCAAUUCCGUGUAACCUCACACGAACGUCCCCAAAUCGCACCAUGAAUUUCUCAUCUGGUUCGAAUAGUGAGAAGUGCAGAUAACCUGAAGCGCAACACGUUUUUAUCAAAACUCCGAUGUGACAUCAGCCGCUGCAGUCAUUCCCCUCGGCCCCUGCCGCCAAACGCCCACUCCUCUGUAGAUGUCCAUCUGUGGCUUUAGUGUAGAAAUGACAACCAGGCUCUCGGUCUGCCUUUUUCAUUCAACUGUAACUGAAGCUGUCGGGCCAGCCCACACAUGCUGACGGCCUGUGCGUAGAUCUCUGUGUGCUUUAAUCACCUCUAGACGAACCUUAAUCAAUUGAAGACCAACUAGUGGUCAGCUCAUCAGGACCCACCCUAACAUGCUUUUGGAGGUGGGUUCUGACGGUUAUCUUUCUUUCCUGGUUUUUUUUGUUUUGUUGUUGUUGUUUUUUUAAGUUGCCUGGGAGGAGAUCAUAUAAAUUGCACAUAAUUUGUCUAAGCUGCUGAGGCAUUUAGGACUUGUCUAGGGACAUUCCACCGGUAGAGGAAGCAUCGGCUUAAGAGCAGAAGGUGUAACAAAACAUGCAAAUGGUUUGGAAGUUUCUUUCGACAAUAGGGUAUUGUAUGAAAAAAAAGCCUGGUUUUAUUUGUUAAGUAUUUAUUCAUAUCAAAAUAUCUGUAUUGUGUGAUCCAAUAAUUAUUUAUAUGUUGUGAAAAUAUGAAUUAUUUUUACUAAGAA